AUGGCUGUGCUAACAGCUGUUGAACACAAAAAGAUAGUCAAAAAGCCGUACACAUACAUCCUCUCGCACAAGGGAAAGGGAUUCCGCACACAAUUUCUCCAGGCUUUAAAUGUCUGGCUGAAUGUCGACGCCAAAUCCUGCGCCGUCAUCGACGACACAAUUUCCAUGCUGCACAAUAGUUCACUGCUAAUCGACGACAUUCAAGACGAGUCGAAAUAUCGCCGCGGUGCACUAGCCGCCCAUGAGGUAUACGGAACAGCACAGACAAUCAACGCUGCCAACUACGUAUACUUCGAGGCACAACAGGGGCUGCGCCAGUUAGAAUGCUGGCCCCAGCUGUUCCUCAUCUUCAACGAGGAGCUCCUCCAACUGCACCGCGGCCAGGGCAUGGAGCUCUUCUGGCGCGAGACCAUGCAACCCCCGAGCAUCGACGAGUAUCUGCGCCUUAUCUCCAACAAGACAGGGGGACUAUUUCGACUGGCACUGCGAUUGAUGCAGGAGCUGAGUGACUGCGAUUACAACAUCUACCCGCUCGUCGACUUACUAGGCCUGAUGUUCCAGAUCGUGGACGACUACAAGAACCUGAAAGACGCAAAGAUGAACUCCCAAAAGGGCUACUGUGAAGACAUCACAGAAGGCAAAUUCUCCUUCCUGAUCAGCCACGCCGUAUGGAUCAACGACUCCAAGCGCGGCGAUAUCCUGCGCAUCCUCAAGAUGCGGACCCUAGACAACGACCUCAAGGCCUUCGUCGUCCAGUGUCUAGAAGAAUCGGGCAGUUUCGAAUACACCCGACAGACAGUCUACCAAUUGCGCGACCGCGCAAAACAGCUGCUGGCCAACAUCCCGCAGCCUAACCCGGCUAUUGAGGGGCUGCUUGAUACCUUGACUGCGGGAUUGUGA